CCUGUCCUUUCCUCCAAACGGAACUCAACACUUUCAUAUUUUCUCUUCCUAUAUAUAUAGCUGGUUGUGCUCGUUCUCUGCUUUACUUCUUCCAGAAAGCUCCUGAUUUUAAAGGCUAGAAUGGCAUACUCAAAGAUGAUCAUUGCUUUAAUGUUGGCUUUGGUGGUUGGAUCUGCAUUUGCUCAGGCACCAGGAGCAUCUCCGGCAGCUUCGCCGACGGGUUCUCCACUACCGGUAGCAUCGUCACCUCCGGUGGCGACUCCUCCAUCUGCAGUAACACCUGUCUCUGCUCCUGCAAAUGUUCCUACUACCGCAUCUUCUCCAUCUGAAUCUCCAUUGGCAUCUCCUCCAGCUCCACCAACUGUCGAUACUCCGGCAUCAUCUCCUAUCGGUUCUUCUCCUCCAUCGAUCGGCGCUGCUCCCGGCGGUUCUCCUACCUCCUCUCCUAACUCUGCCCCCUUGAACAGAGUCGCUAUCGCCGGAUCUGCUGUUGUAGCUAUCUUUGCUGCUUCUUUGAUGCUUUGAAUCAUCUUUGAUCUGUGACGAUAUUUUGUGUUUUAUUUCGCCGGAGUUGAACAGUUAGGAGUUUAUUUAUGGUUUUAUUUUUCACUGUUUUUUGUUCAUUCUUUUUUUUACUUCUUGACAUUAAAGGGCGGCGGGAGUCGUGACCGCUGCUGAUUCUUUUUACUACUAUCAUACUCUGAUUUAUUCAUGAGUUUCCUAACGGGUUUCGUC